AUGUCCCGGUGUGUACCGCUGGGGCAGUCGCGCCUGCAGGAAGGCCGGGCAGCGGGCAGCGAGCGGCAGCGGGCAGCACUCACACGGCCCCACUGCUCUGCCUGGCAGCUGAUGGCCGAGGACGCCGACAGUCCGCCCAACGCGCAGAUCCGCUUCUCCAUCGCCAGUGGCGACCGGGACGACGAGUUUGCCGUGGACCCUGUCCUGGGGCUUGUGAAGGUCAAGAAGAAACUGGACCGGGAGCGGGUGUCGGGAUACUCGCUGCUGGUCCAGGCCGUGGACAGCGGCCUCCCCACCAUGUCGGCCACCACCACGGUCAACAUCGACAUCUCCGACGUGAACGACAACGGCCCAGAGUUCACCCCCGCGAACUACACGGCUGUGAUCCAGAGGCGCCCUCGUCGGGGGCUGGCCCAAAGCUGUGCCCACACCCUGUCCCAGAUCCUGCCAUGUGGGGGGCAGCUGCCCCCAGCAUAG